AUGGCAACAUCAUCAUCUUCUCGUAAGAAAAUUUUCAAAAAUCACUAUGAUAAUCUCAAAACAUGGUAUAUUGAGUACCAAAGAUUAAGUAAGAAAAUUGGUGUAUCUAUCAAUCCUGAUACUAAAGAAAUCGAGAUGCGUCCAGAAUGGUCGGAUGAUCGUAUACAGGAAAUUUUAAGAGCUGCUCAUGUCCAGAAAAAGCAACUGCAAGAUCUUAAUAUGUUUGAGAAGGUAUUCGCGAACACCUUAAUUGGAACUGAUGAUGGGUGGGUAGUUGGAAAUGGUCCCGAUGGCUAUGUGUCAUCACAAAAUUAUACGACUAAUACACAAACUGAAGGAGAUGAAUCAGAUUUGGGUGACGACCAAAAAUCAAAUUUUCAUGAAACUCCAAGCACCGAAGUUCCUACCCACAAGGAUAAAAGGGCAUCAAAAUAG